ACAUGGGGUGACGUCGUUCUGCGGGGGUUUUGGCGCGAAUGUCACAUUUUAAGAAACGGCGACGAUGAUGGAGUCAACGAUCAUCUCCUGGGGAGCCACGGCGGGCGCGCUCGUCCACCUCGAGGAGCUCUUGGGAUGCGCGCUCUGUGGAGGCACGCUGUGUGAGCCGUGCAGCUUGGGAGGCUGUGAACACGUUUUCUGCCGGCUUUGCGUGAGCGAUCAUGUCGGCAACAGCUGCCCCAUCUGUCAGGCACCGUCCUGGGUCAGAGAUCUGCAGGCAAAUCGGCAGCUUGCCGGUAUGGUGACCCUGUGCCGGCAGCUGCGUGAGCUCCUGGCAACCGACACUCCACCCUCUGACAAAGCGUGUUCACUCUCCCUACAGCAACCAGGGCCACGAGAGAAAGAUAUCAAGCCAUCACCUGAAAUUAUAAAAACGCCGGAGCUGACCAAAAAAGCCAAUGUGGUCAGCAUGCAGUUCAGUCCCCGCAGUGGGCAGGUGCGUUGCCACAUCAAAAAGCCCACUCGGCCACUUGAGGACAAGGAGAAUGCCAAGACCAGUGCUGCAGAUGGAAGUUACGCAUCGGUGUACGACUUCCAAUCCUCCCAGUCGUCUCCUGAUCAGACACUGAUUCAUCCACCACAGCCCAGGCGUCUAAAAACGGUACGGAAGAGGCUAUCGGCCAUUAACAAGUCAUGGGGUUUUGGCAAAAAGCGGAAGAAGAAUACAAGCGAGAGCACAGAUGUUGCCAGUAAGAUAGAAGUUGUACAAAAAGAUCCGGCUGAUAACCGCCUCAUCUCGUUUGGCCCCGAGCAAGUGUUUCUAAUCGAUAGCAGUAAUGUGACAUGUAGUGCUGUAAGCGGGAGUGCCACUCCGUCCCCGGACGCUAACAGUGCCGUGGCCGCUGGAAGCACAAUUUUCCAGUCAUUGUGGAGCCCAACGAUGUCGGGAGAGUCGGUCGAGAGCAACCCAUCAGGCAGAAACUCGGAGUCAGAGAAGACGACAACUGACUCUGCCUUGGGAGCGAUGAGCAAGCGGGCCUUGGAGCGGCCGAGCGGUGCAAGUCCUUCCAAGAAAGCAAAGAGUUGCUGGAAUGGAAGCAUUCUGCAAAAGUCGCCCCCUGGCGUUGGCGGGAGGAGGAAGGCCGAGGGGAGUGUGGCUGGCUCACCCGGGACCUCGGAGGUCCUGAAGAAGAACAGAAAGGGCGAGACACCGCUGCACGUCGCUGCCAUCAAGGGUGAUAUUGAUGGAGUUGAACACCUUCUUGAGAAUGGUGCCAAUCCAAACAUCAAGGACAAUGCUGGAUGGACCCCUCUGCACGAGGCGUGCAACCACGGACACGCGCGGGUGGUGGAGCUGCUGCUGGACCAUGGCGCGUUCAUCAAUGCUCCGGGCUACGAGAACGACUCCCCGCUGCACGACGCCGUCUCCAACGGGCACACGCACGUGGCUGGCCUGCUCGUGGGUCGCGGGGCCGACCAGCACGCGCUGAACAUGCUGGGCUUGAAACCGCUGGACUAUGCCAAUAGCGAGGAGAUGCGCAUGGUGUUCACCAGCCAGCCGUUCGAGCCCAGCACGCCGACCUUCAGUCUGCCCGCGAGCCUUCCGAGUGGUCCCAUUGGCCCCAUGGUUUUGCUGGACAGCAGACUAUCCGAGCAUCAGAAGGAGUCCCUGAAGAGAGUUGCCACAACACUGGGAGGACGAGUUGUCUCCACGUUCAACAACUCUGCAACUCACGUCAUCGUCGACUCCACAAUGCAAAUUCCCCGCACCAUGAAAUGCUUCUUGGCCAUCCUCAACGGCUGCUGGAUUAUCGGCUUCCAGUGGGUGCAAGCCUGUCUGGCGAGGCACGAGCGCGUGCCAGAACAGGACUUCGAAGUGAGGGGACGUGACGGCUCCCUGCCGUGUCGUGGUCCGGAGAGAGGGAGACUCAACAAACUUCAGCAGCUUCCGGGCCUCUUCGACGGUUGCUACUUCUUCCUGGGUGGCCCCUUCGACGAGCCCAGCCGCUUCGACUUGUCAGAGAUGGUGCGCGUGGGCGGCGGGCGCAUGCUGUCGCGGCAGCCGAAGGCCGACAGCGACGUGACGCAGAGCGUGCGCCGCGCCGCGUACCACGCGCGCCGCCACUCGGACCAAGAGUUCUGCACGCACUACGUGGUGUACGACGGCGCGUGGCUGGGCGGCCUCAGCGGAGUGUCGCGGCUCGGCAAAGUGUGGACCGUCCCGUCUGGGUGGUUGGUGGAGUGCGUGCUCGCGUUCGAGCUCUUGCCGUUUGACGUGUAGAGGGGAGAAGAGGGGGCGUCACGAGAGUCGUUGGGUGAACACGGAACAAGCUCUGUGGUGACGGAUCGAUGUUAUUGGGUUGUUAAAUUUCGUGUGCACGAAGCCUGCCAACUAUUUUUGUCCUUUUGGAAAAUUGUCUCUAACUUGGCUUUGACCAUUAAAGGCAGGUGAUAAGCACCUGGUUGUAUGUUGAACUUCUUUCAUACCGUACGUAGCCAAACAUUGCUAAUUGGAGGUUGGCUGUUAAAAAGCAAUGAUGGAUUCAUCAAUUGAUGUAAGACGUGCAAACUCUACUACGUUUAAACAACAUUCCACCUUAACCACACUUUGUUCAACAUUAUCUGUGUCGUUAAUCACUUCACAGCUUGGAAAAAAACAUGAGACACAAACCUGAAGUCAUGUGAUUGCAGUGGGGGUAUGUGCAGUGCAUCUGAUUUUUGUUAUACAUUAUUGUCACGUGAUAUUUGUGUGGAAAAGGGUUAAUGAAGAUCACAAAUUACAUACUUCAUAGUAAUACAGCACUGCUUAUCAGAAGUUUUGACAUCACAUUUCCUACAUAUGCGAUACACAUGUCACAGCCAGGCUAUUGAUCUGCUUUAUGUAGGAGUACUGAAUUUAUUAUAAAACAACAUUUAGGACUUUAAAAUACAUUAACUCGAAUGUCUUUUAUCUAUGCCUAAUUUACCAGUAGUAACUUGUUUUGUCUGGGUGUAUUUUGAAGUUAUUUUGCACCGUGCUAAUCGGAGGUGUCUGGAUGUCCACUGAGGAGAUGGAGCAAUGAAAUCAGCUCAGGUGCUAGGUGGAGUGUUACAUCUCAAAGCUCUUUGGAGAGGCCUUCAUCCAGCAGUGGAUUGAUAAUGGCUGAUUGUGAUGACAAAUGUCUUGUAAUUACUUUGAAAAUCAAGCUUGCACUUCAAUAGUAAUUUCCAGCUCUUGUCAGUCCACUGCUAGAUGAUGGCCCCGCCCCACUCUGUGUCCAGUCAUGGGGGUUGUUGGACCAUACCUCACCAAGCUGGUCAGUGUGGGUGGGUGAUGAAACUCGUACAGUACUCUGUACUGAAUAUUUUACGUUUGAUUCAUUUUUACGCCUGGAAAUUGUCAGCCGACUGGCCGGUUGCCCUGCUGCUGCUGCUGUACAAACCAAAGUGGAAGUCGCUCAGGCUCCGGCAGCGAUAUCCCACCACAGGAUGGCUGAAACAACUUUUCCAAUGGAAGAGUUUGACGGUGCAGAAUUUGCAGCAUGUUUUUUUGAGGUUUUACAACUGCCAAGGCAAACUGGCAUGGACAGCAAGUCAGGUGUGAAUUGGGGUUUUUUUCCAUGCAUUUAAAAUAUUUUGGAGGUUUUUAUCUUCGUGUUUUACUUACUCAGGUUGCCUUUUAACCAAAUACAAUGUUGGAGCAUUAAUGCAUAAAAUGCAUAAUAAAAAAAAAUUGCGUUUGGAAGUGACUUUACUCAUACAGCUGGCAUUUCGACACUGUCCCUAAAACUUGACACAAGCUCCCACGUGGGGCACAUGGUCAUCAACAGCCAUGAUCAAUCCACCGCUGGAUGGCUUCAGAACAUCAUUGCUAUUCGUCAGUCUUGUGAAAUGAAUCUUGUUCCCACUUCAGCUAAUCUCAUCGCUGCAUCUCUGCUAGUUUUCCUCUUGGCUGGGUCUUUGCCUGCCAUGAUCAUGUGUCUUGUCUAUAUGACGUCAUCCCUCUUAGGAUGUGUCCUGCCCAAGCCCUCUUUCCAAACGGUCAAUAUAUCUAAUUUGUUUUUCUCUGAUGUAUGUGUUCGACUUCAUCUGAAAUUUAAUGUUGUCCAUGUGUCAGCAGACAAUUUGCAGUGAUUGAAAACUUUCCUCUUUAGGCACUUUAGUGAUUUUUUUUGUUAGUUUUCAAAUAAAGUUU